ACGCGCGUUACCUUCAAACACGUGCAAUCACGUUUCGCCAUUUUGGAAAUCUCGUUUUCUCUUCCUGCAUUCGCUGCUGCUCUACAAUGUCUCGGACCCGAGUUUUCUUCGACAUGACAGCUGGAGGCAAGCCAGUAGGUCGCAUCGUGAUGGAACUGAGAGGAGACGUUGUACCGAAAACAGCCGAGAACUUCCGCGCUUUGUGCACGGGAGAGAAGGGAUUCGGAUAUAAAGGCAGCACGUUCCACCGCGUCAUUCCCGACUUCAUGUGCCAAGGCGGCGACUUCACGCGAGGCGACGGCACUGGAGGAAAGUCUAUCUACGGCAACAAGUUUGCAGAUGAGAACUUCACAUUGAAACAUACAGGACCAGGAAUUUUGUCAAUGGCUAAUGCUGGUGCCAACACAAAUGGCUCCCAGUUCUUUAUCUGCACAUCCAAAACGACUUGGCUGGAUGGGAAGCAUGUUGUGUUCGGGUCUGUUGUUGAAGGUAUGGAUGUAGUGAAGAAAGUGGAAAGCUAUGGAAGCCAAAGUGGAAAGACUUCAGCUAAGAUUAUCGUUGCUGAUAGCGGGCAGCUGUAGUGGGCUGAUUGACUGUUGCAAGCAACUUGGACUUGAAGAGCAAAACUAACAGUCACAUGAGUGGUUCUUUGUCUAGCUGCAAAGCAUUGGGCUCUGUUUGUGUUGCUGUAGUACUCUAAGUGAUUGUCUUGCUGUUUGAAUUUAGAUUUCAUUGUUAGCACAAUAACCAGCAUUGUUCUAAUGUUUGUUCUUCUUGUUGCAUGAUAACACGCUCUCAUUUCACAUACUGCCAA